AUGCUGUCCCGGAACUGUGUGCUGGUGCUCGCGCCUCGCACUGCUACAACCCUCUGCCACCGGUCAUGCCGUCAUAGACUCGCGCGCCCUCCCACCGCCACGCCCCCGCGACAGCAACAACAACAACAACAGCAGCAGCAGCAGCAGCAAUACCACCAACACCACCAACACCAGCGGCGCGGCUACGCCCAGCACGUCGACGCGGACCUGCUGACGUGGCCACAGGCUGAAAAGCCGCAUAAGACACCCACGCCCUACCAGAUCCUCCGGUGUGCAAAGGGCGAGGCAUAUUCCAAGCACCGCUUCUACGCCCUCGUCAAGCUGUACCACCCCGACGGCGGCCAUGUGUCGCCCGCGAUUGCGCAGCUGCCUCUGCACGUGCGGCUGGAGCGCUAUCGCAUGCUGGUUGCAGCGCACGAUAUCCUGUCGGACGUUGAGAAACGCAAGGCGUAUGAUGGCUGGGGGCACGGCUGGGCGGGCCACCAUGACACGCCCUCGCCCUCGGCGCGCCGACACAGCGACUGGGACGUCGAGGCGCGCCGCUGGACCACCGACCCCCGCACCAACGCGACAUGGGAGGACUGGGAGCGCUGGCACGGCGAGAACAGCGGCGCCAAGGACGCGCACGCGCACACGGUGCAAAUGUCCAACCUGGCCUUCAUGGCGCUGCUGUUUGCGCUGGUGAGCAUCGGCGGCGUGGUGCAGGGCACGCGCUUCAGCUCCUUCAGCGCGUCGGCCAUUGAGCGCCGCGACCAGAUGCACCGCGAGGCGAGCAUCGAGUACCGCCGCAGCAGGCACGCCACACUGAGCGCCAGUGGAGACCGCGACGAGCGCAUCCGCACGUUUGUCGAGCACCGCGAAUCGACCAUUGUGGGGGAGCACUCGUACCAGCGCCUGCUGCCCCCCGUCGCCGCCUGUUCACCGGACCAGCCCAGGCGGCAGUGA